AUGUUCCUCAACGAGCUGGCCACCCCCGUCCCGCCCUCCGAAGUCAUCAUCAACGCCGGCUCGCCGGGGCUUUACUCUGGCUCGGGCCUAGGCCGCAACAGCGCCAGCACCUUCCUCCGCUUCCCGCUUGCUGUCUAUUUUGCCCUCCUCAGCCGCAAACCUAAAGUCAGUACCCACAUCAUCCUCAAGGCGGCACUCAACAAGGGCGAGGACUCACGCGGGCGAGGUCAUCAAGGCCUCUACGUAGGCGUAUUCGUCUACCCGUCCAUAAUUGCAUGCAUCAAGGCCAGUGUUCUUUGCAUGUACUUCUGCAUAUUCUCAACCAAGUUCAUCAAAUGGAGCUUGAUCGGCCUGGGAGGUUUCACGGUAGUUUGGUGGCUCACCGUCGUUCUGGUGACCAUUCUCCGGUGCACGCCCAUCCACGCUGCCUGGGAGCUCUCCCUGCAGCACUCGGUCAAUCCUAACUCCAAGUGUAUCAAUAACAACGGCUUCUUCAUCGGGAACGCCGUGCCAAAUAUCGUCACCAACCUGUGA